AUGAUACCAUGCGCUUUAGGUGAUACUUGUACAAGGACAUCUCUAUGUGACCUUGGAGCAAGCAUCAACCAAAUACCUGUUUCUUUAAUAAAGAAGCUCUGUUUGAUUGAGGAAGUUAAACCAACCCGCAUAUGCCUUCAACUUGCUGAUAGGUCUAUUAAGAUACCAUCAGGACUAAUAGAGGACAUGAUUGUCAAGGUUGGACCCUUUGCCUUUCCCACUAAUUUUAUGGUAUUGGACAUGGAGGGGCAUAAGAGUUCAUCCCUUAUCCUAGGAAGACCCUCCCUAGUUACAAGAGGGACCCUCAUUGAUGUUGAAAAGGGGGAAGUAACCCUAAGAGUAAAUGAGGAAAAGUUCGUGCUGAAUGCUGUCAAGGCUAUGCAGCAUCCAGACAUUCCUAAGGAAUGCAUGAGUAUUGACCUCAUUGAUUCCCUGGUGGAAGAGGUCAACAUGGCGAAAGCCUCAAGGAAGAGCUAG